AUGGGUCAGUCACAGUCCAAGAGCGGUUCACGUACGCCAACGGGACCGGGCGACUCGCUGCAGUCGUAUCCCUCGUUCUCCCGAUCAGAUACCAAGGAGUCUCUGCGAUCGCUGCGGGGUUCCAUUCGGAGCAAGAUCCCUGGAGCGGGCAAGGGUGGCAGCGACAGUCCCAGGGGGUCCACGGCUGGGUUGGACACCGACAAGUCUGAUGCAGGUUCAGUAAAGUCUACCAACAGCACGCGCUCAGCUCGAGCAAACAGAGCUCCGUCGAACGCAUCAAGCCAAAGCCAAGCUCAGUCCCCGGGCUCUGCGGUAUCCGAUGCAGAUGCUGUUCCAGAUCCUCCUCCAUCUCCUUCCCAGUCGACGUCGUUGAAUCGAGGCCAUAAGGAUGUGGGUGCUGCACAGCAGGCAGGCGAGGUUGACCUGGUGUCCGACGCGCCCCCGUCCGUCCCCCCAAUGACGCCUCUGGCCCCGGGCGAAUCCAUUCUCAUCAAGCACGAGAAUCAGCUCAACCCGAUAAUGCAGGAGAUCCUAGCUAUUGAACAGGCCAGCAACUCUCCCGGGGUGGGAAUGGGAAUGGGCGCAUUGAAGUCGAUUGAUCUGGAUGAUAUGAUCUCACGUCUCCUCGAUGCGGGUUAUUCCACGAAAGUCACUAAAGCGGUAUGCUUGAAGAAUGCUGAAAUCACGGCAAUCUGUACUGCUGCUCGCGAGCUGUUGCUGUCCCAGCCUGCUCUGGUUGAACUGUCUGCGCCUGUGAAGAUUGUUGGUGACGUCCAUGGUCAGUAUACGGACCUGAUCAGACUCUUCGAGAUGUGCGGAUUCCCACCUGCAGCAAACUACCUCUUCCUGGGCGACUACGUCGACCGUGGUAAACAAUCUCUCGAGACGAUCCUUCUUUUGCUGUGCUAUAAGCUCAAAUACCCUGAGAACUUCUUCCUGCUCCGUGGAAACCACGAAUGCGCCAAUGUCACUCGCGUGUAUGGUUUCUAUGAUGAGUGUAAGCGGCGCUGCAACAUCAAGGUCUGGAAGACGUUCAUCGAUACUUUCAACUGCCUCCCCAUCGCAUCUAUCGUUGCUGGCAAGAUUUUCUGUGUCCACGGUGGCCUUUCGCCUAGCCUGUCUCACAUGGAUGAUAUCCGCGGUAUCGCUCGUCCCACGGACGUACCUGACUAUGGUCUUCUGAAUGACCUGUUGUGGAGUGAUCCGGCAGAUAUGGAAGAAGAUUGGGAACCUAAUGAACGAGGUGUGAGCUAUUGCUUUGGAAAAAAGGUGAUCAUGGACUUCUUGCAGAAGCACGACUUUGAUCUGGUGUGCCGAGCGCACAUGGUUGUUGAGGAUGGAUAUGAAUUCUACCAGGAUCGAAUCUUGGUCACCGUGUUUUCUGCCCCGAACUACUGCGGUGAAUUUGACAACUGGGGUGCAAUCAUGUCGGUUUCAGGAGAGCUUCUGUGUUCUUUCGAACUGCUGAAGCCUCUCGACUCGAGCGCCUUGAAAAGCCACAUCAAGAAAGGCAGGAAUAAGCGGAACAGCAUGCUCAACAGUCCUGUAAGUGCCCGAUCUCUUUCUCUUCUACUUUUCUCAUUUCGCCAAGCUGGGGCACGCAUGUCUUGUGUCACAGUGCCCAGCUUUCUGUGCACGCUUGCCAUCUAG